CGUUAACCAGUGAAUGGCAACACUGUUGUGGGCGUAAAUUGUUUGUGCUUUGUACGGCUUCAAAAGAAAAGAAAAAAAAGAUAAACUAAACAAAAUGCUGAAGCCCAAAGCGCUGACCCAAGCAUUAAGUCAAGCAAACACCGGUGGCGUUGAGAACACACUUCUGUUAAGUCAAGAGGGUGCUCUGCUGGCCUAUUCGGGCUAUGGAGAUAAGGAUGCACGCAUAACAGCGGCCAUUGCCAGCAAUAUUUGGUCUGCCUAUGAGAAGCAUGGGCGCAACGCGUUCCGCGAGGAUCGCCUGACAUUCGUGUUGAUUGACUGCGAAUGCGGACAUGUAGCCAUAACACAGGUGGCCAGCGUGCUGUUGUGUCUCUAUGCCAAGGAGCACGUUGGUCUGGGCAUGCUGAAGCAGAAAACGAUGGCGCUGGCAGCGUACUUAGAGAGACCACUAAAGCAAAUCUCUGCAUCUUAAAUGGAAGCCAGCAUCAACUAAUAUAUAAUAAGUCUGUUUUAUAGUUCAUAAACAUAAUAUGUAAAUAAAGAUAAAAGAUAAGCCAACAAGCUUUUUUUGGAUCGCAAAUAAAAGA